CCUCUAACUCCCUACCACCUCCCACCAACCGACGCCAUUGCCGGCGGCACGUCCUGCCCGCCCCCCGCCCCGCGCGCGCGCGCAGUUGGUUACCCGGCCCGUUACGCGCGCACGUACGUGGCGGCUACCCAUUCGUUCGUUCCCGGCGCGCCUGGAUGAUCGGUUGACGCAGCCGAGGGGAUCGUACCCGGCCGCGGAUGGCCGUUGUUGUCCCUCCUUCCUGUCGUCGUCGUCGUCGUCGUCUCUCUCUCGCGGUCGCGCCGCGCCUCUGAAUAAUCGAUCUGGUGGUGGUGGUGGCGGCGGGCGGAGCUCCGCGGGCGACGACCAAUAAAUGGCGCGGCGGUGUUGCUGCGGCUGCACCGUGCGGUGCUGCUGCUGGCUCCUGGUGCUGACGCUGCUGGCGCUCGCGGUCACGGCCGCCAUCGUGUUCGCCCGCUACAAGGACGGCGGCAACGUCUUCCCCAUCCCCGGCGUGCCGGACCCCAAGUACGCCGAGGCCCUCGCCGUGGCGCUCCGCUUCUUCCAGGUCCAGAAAUCCGGGAAGCUGGUGAACAACACGAUCCCGUGGCGAGGGGACUCGGCGCUGCGCGACGGCGAGGACGCCAAGCUGGACCUGUCCAAGGGCAUGUACGACGCCGGCGACCACAUGAAGUUCGGCUUCACGCUGGCGUUCACCGGCACCAUGCUGUCGUGGUCCGUCCUCGAGUACGGCGACGCCAUGCGCGCCGCCCACCAGCGCGACGCCGCCAUGGACGCGCUGGGCUGGAUCAUGGAGUUCCUCGUCAACGCGCACCCCUCCGACGACGUGCUCUACAUCCAGGUGGGCGACCCGAAAUCGGACCACAAGUGCUGGGAGCGGCCGGAGACGAUGUCGGAGAAGAGGCCGCUGACGAAGAUCACCGCGAAAUCCCCCGGCAGCGACGUGGCCGCGGAGACGGCGGCGGCCAUGGCCGCCGCGUCGAUGGUGUACAAGCCCGCCAACGCGACCUACGCGUCGUCGCUCCUGGACCACGCCGAGCGGCUGUUCGCGUUCGCCGACAAGCACCGGGGCUCGUACACGCGCACGUUCCCGGAGCUCAGCGCCUACUACAACUCCACCACGUACCAGGACGAGCUCCUGUGGGCCGCCAGCUGGCUGUACCACGCCACCGGCAACCACAGCUACCUGAGCUACGCCACCGGCAAGAACGCCGACCAGUUCGCCGACCUCGGCAACCCCAGGUACUUCAGCUGGGACGACAAACGCGCCGGCACCGAGGUUCUCUUGUCAAGGGUGAGGUUCUUCGCCGCAGAUGGAUCUGAUGCCGGACAAGACGAGGUGCUUGGAUCGUACAAGGACACCGCCGAAGCCGUCAUGUGCAUUCUCCUGCCGGAGUCGGACACGGCCGCCUUCAGAACAGAAGGGGGGUUGCUGUACGUGGCGGAGUGGGACUCGCUGCAGCACCCGGUGGCGUCGGCGUUCCUCGCCAACGUCUACAGCAACUACAUGGCGACGUCGGGGAAGUCGGAGCUGACCUGCAGCGGCAAGAGCUUCACGGCGCUGGACCUGCGCAAGUUCGCCAAGUCGCAGGCGGACUACGUCCUCGGCGACAACCCCAUGAAGCUGAGCUACCUCGUCGGCUUCGGCGACACCUACCCGCAGCGGGUGCACCACCGCGGCGCGUCCAUCCCCGCCGACGUCGACACCGGCUGCGACGGCCAGAAGUGGCUCAAGUCGCCAGACCCCAACCCGAACGUCGCCACCGGCGCGCUGGUCGGCGGGCCGUUCAAGAACGACUCGUUCGUCGACGACAGGGAGAACGUGCAGCAGAACGAGCCGACGACGUACAACAGCGCGCUCGUCGUCGGCCUGCUCUCCAGCCUCCUCUCCACCGCCCCCGUGGCCAAGUCCCUCUCGUGAUCAUCCGGCCGGCUUGCUCUGCUCUGCUCGCUUGGAUUGGGUUCCUUUUCUAACUGACCGACUCUGCUGUGAAUGUGAUCCGACUUCGACUGAUGGUGUGUGUGGCUUUAAUUUGUUCUUCUGACUAAGCAGCCAGCAGUCACUGCUAAUUAAUUACUACUAUAUAUGAAAAUGCUGAUGUCAAACUGUUCAAUGAGUGUUUAGUGAUAGGGUGUUGUGUUAGCAAUUAGUAGCAUGGAGGAAUUCAGAGAUUUGCAUAAGAGAGGAUAGAAAAUCACAGGGAAUUGCA